ACAGCAACAGCAAGAGAAAUUACAGUCAAGGAAUGCAAUCAAAAGUGAAACAAUCACUCAAGACUUUGUUACUAUUUACGAAACACCAGAAAAGAUUCAGCUGGUGAGAAGAAGUGGAACACCAGAAAGUCGAAGUAGGCAAGAAUUAAUAGAAGAAGGAGACGACGACGAGGAUGAUAGAUACAGAAGUAUGUCAAGACCAUUCACAACAACACCCACAACAACAGCUGAGAUAUUAGGAGGAGGAGGAGGAGAAAAGUUCAAACUGACAAAUAUUCAUGAGAAAGAUACUCCUCCUCCCCCUCCUACUCCGCCUACUGCUACUCUGAGUCAUAUUCAUUCAGAUAAUGAUGAAGGCAUGUUACAAGUGUCCAUGGAUAUAGAUAUACAAGCAAACUACAAACUAGUUAAUUCAACCAGUGAACUACACGACAAGGAGGAACCGAUUACAAAUUUGAAUCUACAUUUACCAACAACAACAACAACACAGGAGAAUAUUUUAACUCUGCACGAAGUUAUCACCUCACCAGCAAAACAGCAUACAUCUACACCGACUAAUAAUAAAAUUAAUGCAUCGGAUAAAGCAUCACCUCUACUCACAACAACUGCAAUAACUUCACUGACACCAGAAUCAACAUCUGAAAAACAACGGGACGGUAUGUUAACCGGCCUGAAAGAAAUGCCUACAGCUAUGCUGACAAGUCCAAUGGAAAUACAAACCACCACUGACAGGUCUCAAUUGUCAAUCAAUCCACAAGUGACUUGUACCAAUUUAUUCUCCUCCAUCAUCAGUAUACAAAUAAAGCUAACACAAGGAGUGUGUAAAUCAGCAGAAAGUCAUAGUGAGGCAAUACAAUACUUUGAUGAUACUGACAUGAAAUCGAAGAGUGAACAACAAUCAGCACUACUUUUACCGAAAUCUAUUGACAACACUACUACUACUACUACGACGACGACUACUGCGACUACUGCUAGUGCUAAUACGACUACCAAUCAGCUUCUUAGUGACAUGCAUUUCAAUCAAGCUGUUCGAGAGCAUAUCGAUUUAAUGACUAGAAUGUCUGACCAGGAAAGACAAGCAUUGGUUAGUCAGACUAAGAAAAGAAUGUUGAAAGAUGCCAGCCGAUUGUCAGAUGAGAUGAUGAGAGAAUUAAGCUGA